AUGUUAUCGAUCCCCCGACUACACCAGCAACAACUUCAACUCCAACGACAACUCCAGAACAACUCUUCCAAUAUCCACCAGCAGUAUCCUUUCGCACACAACUGUCACGCCGAAUAUAACGCUGCUUCCUACUCGGAUAUUCCUAGAUCGAACUACGACGACGAGAUUGCUGCUCUAAGCCAGCAACUACCCACCAAUCUCAUGCAGAACGAAGCCUGGGGACUCCCCCAGCAGGCCCCAAGACAGUCCCGCGCUCACCAGCGGGAAUCCUCCUUGUCAUCACUUGGAUCAUCUACUGCAGGACCUACUUCUCCUUUCAGCCAUCAAUUGCCACACCCAUAUAUUGCCAUCACAGACACCAACGACCAAAGCAAUUCAUCAUCGCACUACCAAUUAGCCAAGACAAUGCCUUCGUACCAAACAUAUCAAAGUUGUGAUGGGAUCGAGCAUUCUGCUAUGCCUGAGAUGGCCUACCCGAUCACGCUUCCUGGACCUAGUGGCAAGCCCAGAAUGGAUAGUCGAUUGAUGCAAGCUCCUGAAUUUUGCAACAGCUCCACGCGUUCGCAUCCUGCCUCGGUGGCGAGUUCCAUCGCAGGUGACUCACCUGCCACGCCUACAGUUGGCGAAACCGAUGUCACAGAGAGAAGGAGAAAAGGUAGCAACCUUUAUUGUGAAUCGAUUGUAAACAUGGACUCACACUCUACUCUUCUAGGCUUUCCAAACGCCCCAAAGCUCGACAGAACCAUGACGGAUGCCUAUGUCGAUGAGCUUUACAGCCCUAACUUCGCCGUGACAUCUACGCCUCCCUCUCAAAGUCAAAUCUCAGUGUCACCCACAAACGACCUCUUUAGCCAGCGACUUACUGCGGCCAACAAACAGCACCUCAGCGCUGCCCAUUCACCAGCCUCUAGCACUUCGCGGGACAGAUCGCCCUUCCGCACCGGGUCCCCUCACGCACUAUCACCUGCGCAUGAUUUCGGAAACCACAACCUUAACCAAAGCUUGCCUUUCAACAGCGCUCAGCGCAUGCGCGAGCAAACAAAGGCUCAGCAAGACGCGCAGUUCAUUCAGCAGCAGAUGAAUAUGAAACAGGAACCCGAGACACCAAAGACCAUUUCCCCCAAGGAUGCUAUCCUGGAGUUUAACGAGUCUGAGGGUGACAACAACUUCCCUCUCUUCCCUCAGGAUUCCAGCUUCGGCAUGGACCAGUUUCCCAAGUCCAUGAUGAGCUCGCAGGAGUCAAUUCCCGAAACACAUAUCCAAAACCAUUUUAACUUUCUUCCACCUCACGGAGCUCCUGGUAUCACUGUACCACAGCAAUACCCAUUCAUCGCGCACCCAACACGAAUCAGCCAUGACACUCCUCCUCGUCUGAGCUCAACUGGCUCAAGUUCAAACGGGUCGCGCAACGCCACUCCUGCAACCCGCCCUACCAACACUGCUGCCGAUGGUGGCACGUACACUUGCACAUAUCACGGCUGCACUCUACGAUUCGACACACCAGCGCAGCUUCAGAAGCACAAGCGAGAGGGCCAUCGUCAGACACAGACAAUGGGUCCUGCCCGCCCUCGCGAAAUUGGCAUGACAUCUGCACUGGUGAACACCCAGGCUGGUCCCCAUCGUUGUGAUCGAAUCAACCCAAGCACUGGAAAACCCUGUAGCACCGUUUUUUCUCGGCCGUACGACCUGACCCGUCACGAGGAUACCAUCCACAAUGCUCGAAAGCAAAAGGUGAGAUGCGAUCUCUGCACCGAAGAGAAGACCUUCAGCCGUGCAGACGCACUCACCAGACAUUACCGGGUGUGCCAUCCUGACAUGGAGCUUCCGGGCAAGCAUCGACGACGAGCCGGUGCUUGAGCUGUUAGUGCCUGAACAAGCAUAGUUGCACCCGAUACCUCCCCACGAUGCUACCCCUGAAGAUGGCUUCAAGUACACAACUAUCGACAGGCGGAUUCAUUGGCGGAAGAAGCAUCCGGCGUUGAAUGAUGCUACAUGACGUGGACCACCGUCAAAACAAGGCUUGGCGCUUGUGGACCGAUCGUCGCAAGGCUUCGAGUCACUCGAAUCGGGUUGGCUAAUUAAGGGCCCGGUCUCCAAUGCGGGAAAGUGGGUCUCAGGGUCCUUCCUGCAGGAAGGGUCCUUUCGACUGACGUCACGACCAAUCCAUUUAUUAUGACUGUGACAUCACAUGGCUCCGCCUAAGUCUCAGUCAUCCACCAGCGAGGUUCCCCGAUACUCCCUGAUGAUGACAUGGCGUCCGUCAUGGAUACGAUACGCACCGCUUGGUCGUUGCACUCACCCACCCACUCACCAACCAUCCAUACAUCCACCCAUCUUGUACUUUCUCUACUGCACCGUGUACUUCUACAACCCUGAUUUUAAUUCUUUUAUUUGUUUGACGUCUAAUCGAAGCGAAUGGAAGAUAGCGGAUCAACGUCCGUACUGCUUGCCUGUACAUUACGAAUCAUUGAUUCUUUAUAUAUUAUGAGUGGUUAUAAACUGUUUAUUGUGGAGGAUGUCUGGCUGGCCAGGAUUUUAUCAUUGGAAUACUGGGAAAGACUUGAGCGAAAACCGGAACAGGGUCUAGAUAAAAAGGAGCGUUACGGUUGACUAUAGCGUUGUAUUUUGAUAACGAAUAUUACGAUCAAUUUAUUUUUA